GCCUCCAACACAUCCGAAACAAUAUCAACAUAGUUCGAACAAUCAUCAACGAUUUAUCGGUUAUCAGUGCCUGAAAUCCAUCAGUAAAACCCUCGAAUCACUUCCCACAAUUCAAUUCACCGAAUCCCAAGUUAAAAAUUCCCUCGACCUACAUAACAAGUUCAUAAAAAAAAUCCAGUGAUGUUUUUACGUUAUUCAUGAACAUUAAUAUUGACAUUUCAGUGUGAAUUAUCUUGGAUUCGUGAACACUGUGCAUUAAGAAAAUCGAGUUUUGUGAGAAAAUGAAGAGCUGAAGUGGUCACCAGUCGACCGUUAUCGCCCGCGGAUAACCCAUCGAGCAGCUUGAAAACAACUCCAGAACAAUUUCGAGCUGUUGGAAAAAACAGGAGAAAAAUAAGUGAACGGAACGAGAGAGUGGUGUAGAGAUGAGUGGGUGGAAGAGUUGAAGCAGAGUGCAAAAGGAAAAAUCGGCAACCUGCCUCGUCUAUCGCGACCAGCCACAUUUCUCACGCUAAGAUGACAUAGAAUGGGUUGGGUGGCGCUAGGGCGGCGUGCGGGUGGUGGCGGCCGCCUAUCAUCCAACCUCUCGCUGUCUUUCGCCUCCCUCGCAAGUUCCUUCAUCCUCACCACUCUCUGUAUCCUCACCCUAGCCCUCACCCUAGCCACCCUCGUGCGUGCCGAGGACAUCUUCGAGGAGGGCAAAUCGGACAAGGAAAUACUGGACAACUUGCUGCUGUCGACACGUUACGAUAAGCGGCUUCUACCACCGGUCCAAGGAACCUUGACUGUCAACGUGAGUGUUUUGCUGUUGAGUCUCGCAUCACCCGACGAGUCUAGCUUGAAAUAUGAGGUCGAAUUCCUCCUUCAACAACAGUGGUACGAUCCCCGCUUGCGAUACAGUAACAGAUCGAGAUAUGAAUUCCUCAAUGCAAUACACCAUCACAAUGACAUCUGGCUACCGGACACGUAUUUCAUCAUGCAUGGGGACUUCAAGGAUCCCCUCAUUCCAGUCCACUUUGCCCUACGGAUUUAUAGAAAUGGCACUGUCAAUUAUCUCAUGCGGCGCCAUCUCAUCCUCUCCUGCCAGGGUAGACUUAAUAUAUUCCCUUUUGACGACCCACAGUGUUCAUUCGCCAUCGAGAGCAUAUCGUACGAACAGACGGCAAUUACAUACGUGUGGAAGAACGACGAGGCGACAUUGCGGAAGAGCCCAAGCUUAACCACCCUGAAUGCAUACCUCAUCCGGAACCAGACACUCACGUGUCCGAUAAAAGCCAGCUGGCGGGCACCCGGACAGCUGAUUGUCGACUACGAGGACGAGUACGAUGAAUUUGGGGACUCAAAGUGCUCGCUGUGCCAGCGAAGAUUUGAGGAGCAAGGUAACUACAGCUGCCUCAAGGUGGAUCUCAUCUUCACGCGAGAUCGUGCCUUCUAUUUUACCACAGUCUUCAUACCGGGUAUUAUAUUGGUUACAAGCUCGUUCAUCACGUUCUGGCUCGAGUGGAAUGCUGUACCAGCUAGGGUCAUGAUUGGUGUAACAACAAUGCUCAACUUUUUCACAACGUCGAACGGCUUCCGUUCGACCCUACCAGUCGUCUCAAAUCUGACUGCCAUGAACGUAUGGGACGGUGUGUGCAUGUGUUUCAUAUAUGCGAGCCUCCUCGAGUUCGUGUGCGUCAAUUACGUCGGACGUAAACGACCACUUCACAACGUUGUCUAUCGUCCAGGCGAGAAUCCCGUAACCCAGCGGCUUCCAGCGGUGCUCAGCAGGAUAGGGAUUUUAUUGGCCAGCCCCUUGAAACGAGAGGGUGGCAAUGCAACCGCUGGUGGUAAUGAGCCGAACGAGAUCAUCGCUUGUACAAACUGCGGUCCAAAUCCCUGUACGCACACAGCGACCAACGGAUGUGCUGCUGAGGUACGGAAGAAAGAGCCACCCCAUCCGAUACGAGUUGCUAAAACCAUAGACGUCAUCGCAAGGGUCUUAUUUCCCAUUGCAUACUCCGUUUUCCUCGUAUUCUUCUUCUACCACUACAAGGGAGUCUCGUAGAAACCUGCGAGUAGUAACGACGGAAAGAGCAAUCGAAGGAACAGAAAUUAAAAAUACAGUGGGACAAAGCUUGCGGCACGUUUGCAUCCGAGAAUUCGACAGAGAUUAACAGCUGUGUUAUGUGCAUCAUUGUAUAAAAUAUUCCCAAAAGCAUGAUUGAGUGACAGUUACACUUGAAAAAUCCUUUAGCCUAGAAUUUAAACGAAUUGAACUUUUGAAAUGUGUGUAGAUUAUAUUUACGACGGAAUUUAUGACGUCUGUGACGAUCUCAAUG